AUGUUGGUAUCUGUGCAUUUGAGUAAAGGUUCUCUUCUUCCAGACUUCACAGGCUUAUUUCAGCAGAGACAGCCCUUCACCAGUCAGCACAGCUUGGAGCUCUGGACAGGGAAUCCAGUGCCAGAAAUUACAUGGCACAAAGACGGGCAGCUCGUCCAAGAAGAUGACACCCAUCACAGUAUGUCUGGUGGCCGUUUUCUUCAAAUUACCAAUGCCCAGGUGUCACACACUGGAAGAUAUACAUGUUUGGCUUCUAACACAGCUGGUGACAAGAGCAAAAGUUUCAGUCUUAACGUGUUAGUAUCUCCUACAAUUGCUGGUGUCGAUAGUGAUGGCAGCCCUGAGGAUGUCGUUGUUAUCCUUAAUAGCCCCACAUCCUUGGUCUGUGAAGCUUAUUCAUAUCCGCCAGCUACCAUCACCUGGUUUAAGGAUGGAACUCCUUUAGAAUCCAACCGAAACAUUCGUAUUCUUCCAGGAGGUAGGACUCUGCAGAUCCUAAAUGCACAGGAGGACAAUGCUGGAAGAUACUCCUGUGUAGCCACGAAUGAGGCGGGGGAAAUGAUAAAGCACUACGAAGUGAAGGUCUACAUUCCACCCAUAAUCAAUAAAGGGGACCUCUUGGGACCAGGUCUUUCGCCAAAAGAAGUGAAGAUCAAAGUUAACACCACCCUGACCUUGGAAUGUGAAGCCUAUGCAAUUCCUUCUGCCUCUCUCAGCUGGUACAAGGAUGGACAGGCCAGUCACAAGAUUUUUCAUUUGCUGAUGGUUUCUUACCGAUUAAAGUGGUCAAUUAAACAGUAA